CUGCCACGGCAGCCCCUCGAUGGCACCCUGGGCACCCCAAACCCCAGCACAUGUCAGGCGCUCAGCCAGGAAGGGGUGAAUGGCCCUGAAUCCCUUUUUCCUGAAUCCCAGGGUGCAGAAGGGGUGGUGUGAAGGCUGGGGGUGUUUUCCUGGCCUUGACGUGCCUGGGAAAAGCAUCCUCACGUUUUCCCUGCCUCCUCCAUCGCAGCAGGGCCGGUGCGGGAGCCGAGCAGGCGCGGGGGGAUCCGGCCGGGUGUCGGCAGGCAGGAACAAAGCGGCGAGAGCUGACGGAAAGAAUCACAACCCCCUUUCGGCCUGGCGCGGAGCCGGCGGCCCCACCCUGCCCUUCCCGCACGCUCCCGCACGGAGAUAAGGCCGGGCCGGGCCGGGGCCGGGGCUGCGGCAGCGCCCGGCGUGUGGCAACAGGCUCGGAGUGAAACUCAGCGCAAGGCGCAGCUCAGAUCCCUAUCGGGCACCGCGGCCCACGGCCAGCCCGGAACAGCCCAAAUCCCACAGAGAGCGAAGGGCCGCGCUCGGCGGGGAGGAAGCAGAGGAGGAGGAGGAGGAGGACACUCCUUGGACCUGGCUGGCUCCUCCUGCUCUCGCUCGAGGCUCCGACGCGCAGCCAAAAGCGAAUCCCGGCGGCGGCGCUCGGCAGAGGCUCCGACGGCUCCCGGCCCCGCUGCUCGCCCCGCGUCCCAGGCAUGGCAAGAAACCAGCAGGUGCAGAAGGCCAAGCUGGCCGAGCAGGCUGAGCGCUACGAGGACAUGGCCGACUUCAUGAAGGCCGUGGUGGAGCACGGCGACGAGCUGUCCAACGAGGAGCGCAACCUGCUCUCGGUGGCCUACAAGAACGUGGUGGGCUGCCAGCGCUCGGCCUGGAGGGUCAUCUCCAGCAUCGAGCACAAGACCGAGGAGGGCGACGACAAGGCGCAGGUGGUGAACGAGUACCGGGAGAAGGUGGAGCAGGAGCUGAACGCCGUCUGCAACAACGUGCUGGGCUUGCUGGACAAGUAUCUCAUCAAGAAGGACAGCGACACCGAGAGCAAGGUCUUCUACCUGAAGAUGAAGGGCGACUACUUCCGAUACCUGGCCGAGGUGGCCAGCGGGGACGACCGCCUGUCGACGAUAGAGAAGGCCCAGGAGGCCUACCAAGAGGCCAUGGACAUCAGCAAAAAGGAGAUGCAGCCCACGAACCCCAUCCGCCUGGGGCUGGCCCUCAACUUCUCCGUGUUCCACUACGAGAUCGCCAACGCCCCCGAGCAGGCCAUCUCCCUGGCCAAGACCACCUUCGACGAGGCCAUGGGCGACCUGCACACGCUCAGCGAAGACUCCUACAAGGACAGCACCCUCAUCAUGCAGCUGCUCAGGGACAACCUCACGCUAUGGACAGCCGAGUGUGCCGGCGAAGACGGCGGCGAGGCUGGCGAAGAGCCCAAGAACUGAGCGUCCCCUGCCCCGCUCCAGACCCUUCGGCAUCUCUUCGUGGUUUUUUUUUUUUUUUGGUUGUCGUUUUUUUGUUUUUAAUUUUUUUUUUGGUCGGUUUUGGCGGGGAGGAGUCUCAGCUCCCCCCCAGCCUGGAUACCGGGAGUGGGGGUGGUUUUGGCAGGGUCCUCCCUCCCUCUGCCCCAUCCUCUGCUCUGGGGAGGGGGAAAAGGGGGAGAGGGGGUGCCUCUGUCCUGGAGAGCUGCCAGCCCCCAGCUAUUUAACAUUUUCUUGUGGGGGUGUCCGGUCUGGCUUGUGCCAGCUCCAAACCCCCUGUCCCAGAGGGCUGGAGCAGCGGCAGGAGGAGGUGAGGGGCUGGGCCGGGGCGAGGGGGGGUCCAGGCAGCCCCCCCAUUCCGGGAGGGGGUCUCGUGUUGCCUCUGUGCUCCAAUAAACCUUCUCCUGCACCUCUGCUCUCGUCUGCCUCGUCUCUCCCUGCGCACAUGUCCGGGCAGCUCCAGGCCUGCCUGGCCCCCUUCCCAUCCCAGGGUGGGGCAGCCGGGCCCCCCAGCACUGCCUGUCAUCAGUACCCCCAGCCCUGGCUGCCCUCGGUGCCCCCCGUUCCCCCAGCAGGGUCUUGGGCUGAGCUGCACCCCGUGGAAGGGCUCAGGGCUCUGUGCAUCCCUGGGAUGGGCGUUUUGGCAGCCCCACAAAGAGCAGGCUGCUUUGAGGUGCUCAGAGGUCCCGAGUCCCUGAUCCAACCCCAUUAAUACAA